UUUUAUUCCAUUUAUAAAAAACCUCAGAAUUAUGAAUUAGUAAUAAUAAUUUCUUUGAAAUACUUAUAUUUAAUUUAUUAAAUGAAUGACUAAUAGGCAAUAGGCUAUCCAUAUAAAUUGGCAGAAAAGAUCAUUCAAAGUAGAUUUUGUUAGAUGUAUACCCAAAAAUAUAAUACUUCAAUGUUUAAAAUCCAACGCACGCAGCAUCAUCAUCGCUCAUCACCUCCCCUACACAUUUCUUAUCUCACAAUCUGUCUUCCCUAUUUAUAUUCUCUUCCUUUGUUCUUUACAUAUAGACACAAAUAUAUUGAAUCAUUUCUUCCUCCUUCUAUUGUCAAAUGCAUGAAGCGGCAUUGGAGGAAGAAAACGAAGAGGGAUGAGGCCCGCUGCUGUUCUUCUCAUGGCGAAGACCGCCAGAUCUUAGGAACAGAGGUCGAUCGAAGUCGUCCUGGUUUCGCUGAUCCCAGUUCGCCUCGGAUCGAAGAGAUGAUGGAGUCAGAUCUCGGCAAACUCUUCAUUGGCGGGAUCUCUUGGGAUACAAAUGAAGACCACCUCCGGGAGUACUUCAAGACUUAUGGGGAAGUGGUUGAGGCUGUGAUCAUGAAGGACCGGACCACUGGCCGUGCCCGUGGUUUCGGGUUUGUGGUGUUUGCAGACCCAGCUGUGGCUGAGAGAGUCAUCAUGGAGAAGCACAUGAUUGAUGGCCGGAUGGUGGAGGCGAAAAAGGCUGUUCCCAGGGAUGAUCAGCACAUCCUUAGUAGAAGCAACACUAGUAUUUAUGGUUCUUCUGGUCCUGGCCGCACCAAGAAGAUAUUUGUGGGAGGUCUGCCAUCAACUAUAACAGAGAGUGACUUCAAAAAGUACUUUGAUCAGUUUGGGAAUAUCAUUGAUGUUGUCGUGAUGUAUGAUCACAACACUCAAAGGCCAAGGGGUUUUGGUUUCAUCACUUAUGACUCAGAGGAUGCUGUGGAUAAGGUAUUGCUUAAUACCUUUCAUGAGCUGAAUGGUAAGAUGGUUGAGGUCAAGAGAGCUGUUCCUAAAGAAUUGUCCCCUGGCCCCAACAUGCGCUUGCCAAUUGGCGGAUAUAACUAUGGCCUGAAUAGGGUCAGUAGCUUUCUUAAUGGGUAUGCUCAGGGUUACAAUACCAGUUCAAUAGGUGGCUAUGGAAUGCGAAUAGAUGGUAGAUUGGGACCACCAGCAAGUGCAAAGAAUGGCUUCCCUUCUUUUAGUCCUGGUUUUGGAAUGGGGAUGAAUUUUGAGCCUGGUUGGUGUGCAAGUUUUGGAGGAAGUUCUAGAUUCAGCAACAACUUUGGAUAUGGUCGAGGUUUGAACAAUUAUUAUAGCGGGAAUUCAAGUAGGUACAACAGUGCUACUGGGUACAGUGGAGGUAGUGGUAAUUCUGGGUCAGCUUUCAGCUCAAUGGCUUGUAAUGUAUGGGGUAAUGGUGGCCUUAACUACACUACAAACUCUGCAAGUUCUAAUGCCUACAUGACCUCAGGAAGUGGGAGUCUCAGUGGCAUUGGCAGUAGUAGCCUGAACUGGGCUGGAUCUUCUUUGCCUAUAUCAUCUCAAGUCAUGGGGGUUGGAUCUGGCUAUAAUAGUAGGAUUUUGGGUUAUGAAAAUGGUGAGAAUAGCUUUAGUUUGGCAAGCAGUUUUGGAAGGAGUGGUGGAACUGGAGCUGGCAACAGUUCCCUUACUGCAAUAACCAGUGGAUAUGAAGGAAACUGCGCAGAGCUAUAUGGUGGUAGUUCAGUUUAUGGUGAUCCAACUUGGAGAUCGGUAUCCUCUGAAUUUGAUGGUGCUGGCCCAUUUGGUUAUGGGCUUGACAUUGCGGCUUCAGAUAUCACGGGCAAGGACUCUAUAGGUUAUAUGGGUGGCUAUAAUGUUACCAGUCGACAGCCAAAUAGAGGAGUUGCAGCAUAGGGAGAUUAUUUUUUCAACAUCAAAGGUUAUGAUAGAUGAGGAAUCCUGUAAUCCAGGUGCAUGACUGGGAAGUUUACAUAUGUCGUAUAUUAUAUGGGUUAAUUAUAUAGAGCUAACCAAGGAGAUAUUAUCAGAGAAUUUGAAUUCAAACGGUUUUGUGUAAGGUUCGGGAUUUGAGCUUGGUUUCUUCAUUGAGUGUAGGUUUUAUUUCUUGGGGUUUGGUUGAGAUGUAAAAUCUGAUUGCGGGAUAUACUCAGAAGUGUUCAGAUCUGUGCCAGCAAUGUGCUAAAUAGACUUCUAGUAUUGUUCAAAAAGGAAAAGGAAAAGGAAAAAAGCCACUGUAAUAUCCGGCAAUAUUGUUGCUUCAUGUCAGGUUAUUUCCCUUUUUUUUUUGAAAAGAAAAAACCUACUUCGGGUGUACCAGGGAUUUGGUUGGUUUAUUGAAACUGCCAGGGAUGCCAUCUAUAUCCCUAAAAUAAGGCAUUAAAUAUUCUGAUUCAUUU